AUAUUGUAAACAGAAGCAGAGGAGAAAGAAUGCGCUGCAGUCAAUUAAGUGACUCACCCGAGUUGCUUUAAUUCGACUAAUGUCCGCGAGCCAGCGAGACGCAGAAAGGUGUCCGAUGCGCGUCAGCCUCUGAAGAAAAUCGCUCUCGCAGCACUUGUGAAGAAUAAUGGAGAACAUUUUUACAUUUCUCUUUGCUGACUUUUGAUCCAAAUCCAGCGAACGACGAGCAGAGGUUUCCCACAACUUGUUGAAAAACAACUGGAUUCUUAUUUCUGCCGUUUUAAGGAGGAAUUCCCAAAGCUUUCCAACUUUAUUUUCCGGCUUUUUUAUUUUGUUUGUUUGCUCCACUUGAGGCUUCACCAUCUCCAAAAACACUUUCCCAAAUCAAAUCAGUCGUCUCCGUUUGUUGCCUGCUCUUGGAUGAACUUCCUGAUGAGAGAUCCAGUCAUACAAGGAUCAAGUAUGGCAUAUCAUCCGUUUAUACCUCACCGGGGUCCGGAAUUUGCCAUGAGUGCAAUGCUCGGGCACCAGCCUCCGUUCUUCCCGGCCCUUGCUCUGCCUCCCACCGGCUCGCUGUCCCUGCCUGGCGCGCUGGGGAAGCCGAUCAUGGACCAGCUGAUGGGUGCCGCGGAGACCGGCCUGCAUUUCUCCUCGCUGGGGCACCAGGCUGCUGCCGCACACCUCAGGCCUCUGAAGACUCUGGAGCCUGAGGAGGAAGUCGAGGACGACCCCAAAGUUCACCUGGAAGCCAAGGAGCUGUGGGAACUGUUCCACAAGAGAGGCACGGAGAUGGUGAUCACGAAGUCCGGAAGGCGGAUGUUCCCCCCUUUUAAAGUGAGGUGCACCGGUCUGGACAAAAAGGCCAAAUACAUUCUCUUGAUGGAUAUUGUUGCAGCCGACGACUGCAGGUACAAGUUCCACAACUCGCGCUGGAUGGUGGCCGGGAAGGCCGACCCCGAAAUGCCAAAGAGGAUGUACAUUCACCCGGACAGUCCAGCUACUGGCGAACAGUGGAUGUCAAAAGUGGUCAAUUUCCACAAACUUAAGCUGACGAACAACAUCUCGGACAAGCAUGGAUUUGUAAGUUCAGCUAAUACCAUACUAAACUCCAUGCACAAAUACCAGCCUCGUUUUCAUAUCGUAAGGGCCAACGAUAUUCUCAAACUACCGUACAGCACCUUCAGGACUUACGUGUUCCCCGAAACGGAUUUCAUAGCAGUGACGGCUUAUCAAAACGACAAGAUAACACAGCUGAAAAUUGACCACAAUCCAUUCGCCAAAGGAUUCCGCGACACGGGCAAUGGAAGACGGGAAAAGAGGAAACAGCUGGCCCUGCAGUCCAUGCGCUCAUACGAGGAGCAGCAGAAAAAGGAGAACGGGGCUUCAGACGACUCCUCUGGAGAGCAGGCUCCCUUUAAGUGCUUCGGCCAGGCCUCGUCCCCUGCCGUGUCUACCGUGGGCCCCCCACACCUUAAAGAUUUCUGUGACAGCGACGAGGACAGCGACGAUGAGAGCAAAGAUGGGCACCUCAAAGACGUCCCGGACUCUAGCAAGAUUUCCACGACCACAGAGGACAGCAAGGAGCACGAGGCGAGCCCAGCUAAAGGGCAUGCCUUCAGUAACAGUGACACUACCAGUAGGAACAGGGACAGCAGCGCCAGGACAGAGAAAAGCCAGGCGGACUCGCGACAGAGCCCCAUCACGCUCAUCUCCAGCACCACGCGCUCUGGAGAGGAGCUGAAGAGCCCGAGCCAGGAGCAACCCAAAACGGAUGAGUGCAGGCCUAUAGGCAAAGAGAGUUUCAUGCCUUUGACAGUGCAGACUGAAAGCGCACACAUAGGCCACGGACACUUGCAUAAUUUCGGAUUUCCAACGGGCCUCACAGGACAGCAGUUUUUCAAUCACCUCGGGAGCGCGCACCCGUUUCUCUUGCACCCAAGUCAGUUCAACAUGGGAGGCGCGUUCUCAAACAUGGCUGCGGGCAUGGGGCCACUAUUGGCAGCUGUGUCCACGGGAGGGGUGAGCACCAUGGACACGGCAAGCAUGGUAUCAUCCCCGCAAAGCUUGACGGGAGCGCCCGGCUUGCCCUUUCAUCUGCAGCAACAUGUCUUGGCAUCACAGGGCCUUGCCAUGUCUCCCUUCGGCAGCCUCUUCCCCUAUCCGUACACGUACAUGGCAGCAGCCGCGGCAGCCUCCUCCGCUGCUUCCUCCUCGGUGCACCGGCACCCCUUCCUGAACGCAGUGCGCCCCCGACUCAGGUACAGCCCUUACUCCCUUCCCAUGACGGUACCGGACAGCACCCUGCUUACCACCGCCCUGCCCACUAUGGCCGGCAGCGGGGCCGACUUGAAGGGGGACGGGAUAGUCCCCGCGAGCCCUGUGUCCGGUGUCACCCUGGACUCCACGUCAGAGGUGACCAGUCACUCGUCCACCAUUUCCUCGGGGUCGGUUUCCUUGUCCCCAAAAACUUGCACCGCGGAGAAGGACGCGGCUAACGAGCUGCAGAGCAUCCAACGCUUGGUCAGCGGAUUGGACUCGAAUCAGGACAGGCCACGGAGCGGUUCCCCCUAGGAUUUUCCCUUUUCUUUUUUAACGCACCACCUGCUUUUCGUCUCGUUGUCGUCAUGAAAAGUGAAAAGUGUUGACGGUGAUGAAGACAUUAACAGUAGGAGGACACCCUCGUAGAUUCAUGCAGAUCGUAAAGAGGAAAAAAUAAAGAAAAAGAUGAACAGUUGGACGUUUUAGUUCUGAAAUGCACUUUGGUUAAUACACAUCUGAUAUGUAUAUUUUUUUCAUUUGUUUUGUUAAAUUAAACAACACUUUUAUCCUGUCAUUUGAAUACCGUACAAGUAUUGAAACUGAAAAGUUGACAUGGGUGUGACUAAACAAGUUUUUGAGGAGAAGUUGCUGCUGUGUCCUGUCUCCGAAAACUUUUAAUGUACACAAGGAGAAACGUGGUUAAUAUGCACUCUGAAUGGAUUGGACUUGUUUGAAUUCACCACCGUUUAACCUACCUUUGCAAGACUGCUGUAUUUUUUUAACACUUAUUCUUUGAUUGGCCAAAAGUUGCAUGCCCUCUAAAACCCCAACUAAUGUUAUUUAACGCUAAAAACUGAACGAAAAGUUUUCAAAAAUAUCUCCUUUCCUCAAUAUUAUCUUUUCUUUUCUUAUUCAUUCUCCAUUAGGUUAUCAAUUUCUUAAAGUGUGUUUCUUUGUUUCAUGCCUUUUUGAAUCCAGAAUAUAGGCCCGGUGCUGCGUAAAAAUUUUUUGGCCCAAGCAUGCUCAAUUCAGCCCAAAUGUCCAGCAGGCAAAGGGAAGCGGAAAUUUAAAUAUUGAGAAAUGGAAAGGUAUUGAUUAAAAGGUGUAAAUAGGGAUAUAUAAAAUAUUUAUGUAAUUAUUUCAUAUUGUUAUUGCGUGUAAAUACAACGGAGUAGUUUGUUUUUAGGAAUCUGUUCUUAAUUUAUUGUUGACAUACCUGUGUAAAAAGACAGUUUGUGGGCUAUUAUCCUUUCGUUGCCAUCUACAUUUAUACAACCCCCUUUUCUCCCAAAUAUCCACUGAGCUAGUUAUUCCCACUCACGUGCCAUUGUAUUUUCAUUUUUUAUUGUCCCCCGUGUGUAAAGUGCUACUGUUUCAAAACGAAUGAUAAAAGCGACAACGCACUGCACCAAUGGCUUGAGUUUUUUUAUUUUCGAGAAAAGGAAACAGAAGUGUUGUUCAAGUGUGAAAGAAGUGGACUCUUUUUCCUGUUGUUUAAAUAAUUUGCGAAGCUGAACGUAAAAGUGCCGCAUAAUCGAAAAAGAUGAAGGUUUCUUUUUUGUGUUUUUUUUCUUAUGUUGUCAAUGGGUUCUGUUGUGUUGGAGUUAUGUCUAGUUUACAACAUCGACAUCGUGUUCUUGAAAGUUUCAAUAAAAUAUUGAAAUGUUGA